UAUGGUGCAUUCAUUGAUUGAAGCAUAUUCCUUACUUGACCAGAUGACGAUAGUCAAGCCAAAAGUGGCCUCCAUGGAGGAAAUGGCAAGCUUCCAUACGGAUGCCUACCUGCAGCACCUGCAGAAGGUCAGUGAGGAGGGGGAUGAUGACCAUCCGGAGUCCGUGGAGUAUGGACUGGGUUAUGACUGUCCGGCUACUGAAGGGAUCUUUGAGUAUGCGGCAGCAGUGGGAGGAGCCACCAUCACCGCAGCCCAGUGCCUGCUGGACGGCAAGUGCAAGGUAGCGAUUAACUGGCCUGGAGGGUGGCAUCAUGCAAAGAAAGAUGAAGCUUCUGGCUUCUGUUACCUGAAUGAUGCUGUCUUGGGGAUCCUGCGGCUGCGCCAGAAAUUUGACCGUGUCCUUUAUAUUGAUUUGGAUUUGCAUCAUGGGGAUGGAGUUGAAGAUGCCUUUAGUUUCACCUCAAAAGUCAUGACUGUUUCUCUGCACAAGUUUUCGCCAGGAUUUUUCCCAGGCACCGGUGAUGUGACAGAUGUUGGCCUGGGGAAAGGUCGCUAUUACAGCGUGAAUGUACCUAUUCAAGAUGGCAUUCAGGAUGAGAAAUAUUACCAGAUCUGUGAAACCGUGCUGAAGGAGGUGUACGCCGCCUUCAACCCAGACGCGGUUGUGCUGCAGCUGGGGGCAGACACCAUUGCUGGAGAUCCUAUGUGCUCUUUCAACAUGACGCCCGAGGGAGUGGGCAAGUGCCUGAAAUACGUCUUGCAGUGGCAGCUAGCAACUCUCAUCCUGGGAGGAGGAGGCUACAACCUUGCCAAUACAGCUCGCUGCUGGACGUACUUGACUGGGGUCAUCCUUGGGAGAACACUGUCCUCUGAGAUCCCUGAUCAUGAGAAACACACCUGCACGUGCAAAGCAGUUUAAGCCUACAGUGACUACAGAGGAGGUUUAUGGUUUUGCCUUUGUCUAAGGAUCUCAUGGACUAGUGUGUGUGUGUAUUGAAACUGGAAAUUCAUCAUUAUAGAAACUGGUGAUUACAGAUACAAGAUGCUUUUUGAGAGGUGUAGUACUUAAUUAUGAUCCCUUUCUGCAGAAACAGGUUUUAAACAAGACUAGAUCUUUUGUAUGUGUGGAAAGGGAAAAGGGUGGGUGCCUCUGUAGGAAUUAACUGCUAAAGGUUUUGCCUGUUGUUGUUGCUCUGAACAGUUUAUUUGUUGUGUUAAUGAUUCCUGCACUAAGCCCCCUGAAGGGUAAGGGCAGUGUGGGAAUGAGUUGAUUGCCGGAUGUCACUAGUCCGACAGUGGGGCCCUGCAUGCUCUGGCUGCUCCUUUUCAAAGGAAUUUUUUGCCGGGAAAAGUUGGACCAGAUGAUCCUUGAGGUCCCUUCCAACCUGGUGUUCUAUGAUUCUCUGAAUUUGUAUCCCCUUCUGGGCUAGCCAGCACUUGCGCUGCAGAGCUGAGCUGGGUGUGAGUUGUGGUGCUACUGGUGGCCAGCCUGUUUGGGUUCCCCUUGCAGCGAAACAGUGCUUGUGGGUUUGUUUCUGGAGAUGAGAUGAGCUGCUCAAGGCUCACCCUGGCAGAACAAGUUCCUGGAGAUCAGCCUAGCCUGCCUCUUGGAGCUGUGAUGCAGCACUUGAAGAGGAAUGAGCUAGAGGAAGGGGGAACGUGGGCUGCCUUGGAUGAAGCAGUCACCAGGUGCUGCUGUUCUCACUUGGGCGCUUCUAGGAGAAUUUUUAUGGCAGGAUUGUAAAACCAAGUGCCUGCCUUGAGCAAGUGCGUCUUAACUCCUACACCACGGAGAUGGUUUAGUAAGAAUCAUUUCUGGGGUGGUGACGUUGGCCAGCAAAGCAGCUGGUGAGGAUCAGGGGUAUAGAUGCAGUGCUUAUUGAAUGCCGGGCGAAGUGGCUGGAGCAGUGGUUCAUCAUAGCCAGAAAGCUCUUGGGUGAAUGGAGUUUGCUGAAUCGGGUGUGAGUCAGAAAUCCACAAUGCUCUGCUAGAACACGUGGAGACAUUGGCAUAUGAUCAGUUGUCUGAUUAUUUUAAAGCCUGUGGCCAUGUGCUUUGUCAAAGGUAAUAAAGUAGCCUUGAUGAUAAAGUGACCUUGGUAAUAAGAAAUAGCCUUGGUAUGUGAGUUGAACGGUUCUGGAUCAGGUACCAGCUAAAAGAUGGUGAUAUUCAUGUCAGUAAGCAGGGAGCAGCAGCCUGCCUUCAGGGAAUCUGCAUCUCCUUUGGGACCUGGAAGAAGUGGGUAAGCUAACUGCGGUGGGGUUCAGAUCCCUGGGGACCAGGCCCCUCAGUUACCAGGUGGAAGUGGUGGAGUUGUGUUUGAACAGCACAAGGUAAAGUACAGAGGCAUGGCCCUUAGGCUGGCAUACAAACCUCUCCUAACAGCUCUGCUCCUAAGUAGUAGAACAAAUGGAUGUGUGCUCCCUAGCUUUGAGGCACUGAUGAACUGCUAAGUGAGAGGCAUUGAGAGCAGUGUUCCCUGUCAACGGGUUUAUCCCAUUAUUAUCUGCUACAGAGCCUUCUGGUGGUUGGAAGUGCCUUGCAGUUGAAGGUGAGAUUUUGGGCUGCAGUACGAUACCCAUGUGCAUGCAGUGCCCUGAAGCCAUGCAGGGCUUGCACUGAACCCAGGCACAAGCCGGCUGCCAUGCCUGUGGUAUUGCCUGGAAGCCGCCACUGUGGGCUGCUUCACGUGUGUGUGUCCCCGGCUGGGUGUGAAGUUUUUGCCUCUCCUAGAGGGGUGCUAGCCCACAUCCUCUGGCAGGACAUUAAGAGCUUCGUUUCUGACCUCACUAAUGGCACUGGAUGCUAUUUUUCACUUACAUUUAUAAUCCUGUUUUGAAAAUGAUUAAGGAGUUUGUAUCAACAAGUACCCUGAAAGCCAGACCCACAGGCUGAUGCUUACAAUUUUUCAAAGUAUUUCCUUUAUCAGUUUUAAAUGUUUUCUUGCUUCUUUCCAUCAGUGUUGGUCUGUGUUUUUUAUCUCUUGAACCACAAGCAAGGUCAACAAUUUCUGAAACCAUCUGUCUUGACAAGAACAUUGAAGGAUCAUCUUUGUUUUCUUUACUAUAACUCUGAUGCAGUUACCUGCCCCUCCCUCCUCCUAAACUGGAUUAUUUCAUAAUGCUGAGCAUAGUAUUUACUUGCCCAGGAGUAAGGGUCCCCCUCGUGUUUUCAUAUCGGAUGUGGCGAGGCCAUUUGCAUUGAAACAGAGAUGUCCAAACUUUGCCCACUGAAGCGUUAGGCUAGCAGCUCACUCCAAGCCUGCGAAGCUGUGCCCAGCAGCCAAGGGGUACGUUGGCCCACGUUUGCUCUCAUGCUAUUACACGCAGCGUAACACUAAAGAUGGUGCAGCAUGCGGAGCUGAAUCAGCAUGUGAAUGUCUGCCAUCCAAAUCAGAUAGAGCAUGUUUGCUUUGAACAGCUUUGCUGAUCCAUGGUGCUUGUGUGCAGUUGUGCUCUGUCGUCUUGGUCACGCUAAAUGAGAUGUAUAUAAAGUCUCGUUAGCCUUGUUUAGUCCCCCCAGAACAACUCACAAACCAGACAAGGUAACAUUAACAUGGCCCUCUUGGCCACCUGGGCACGCUGCUGGCUCAUAUUCAGCCGGCUGUUUACCAGUACCCCCAGACCCUUCUCUGCCAAGCAGCUUUGCAGUCACUCAUCCCCACGCCUGCAGCGUUGCAUGGGGUUGUUGUGACCCAAGUGCAGGAACCGGCACUUGGCCUUAUUGAACCUCAUACAACUGGCCACAACCUAUGGAUCCAGGCUGUCCAGCUGCCUCUGUAGAGCCUCCCUACCCUCAAGCAGAGCAACACUUCCACCCAGCUCAGUGUCAUCUGCAAACUUGCUGAGGGUGUGCUCAAUCCCCGUGUCCAAAUGGAAUGAAGCAUCAGUAAACUAGUGUUAAACACUUUCAUAAUCAAUGUUGAGCUCUUUUUGUAAGGUGUGAUUUUUGCAGGAUUUGCAAAAUGAGGAAGGCUGAGGGAGCAGAGCAUCCUUCUGUGCAGUGUGAGCAAGGUAGCCUGAUGGGCCCUGGCCUUCCGGCUGCUGCCCACUGCCCUCCAGAAGGUUAUUUACUGGGAGGAGUUAAACGUUGCUGGUUUGCACCCAGCUGGGGAGAUUUUUGCCUCUGUGUGACAGCAUUCUCCGGCUGCGCUUGCAGGAAUCAAGUGUUUGUGUGAGAUACCAACUGCGUAUAGGUCCUUGCAGGGCACUUUUUGAGUGCAAUGUAUCGGGGAGGGAGGUGUUGGCAGCUAAGUGAAAGGGACCACCAGACAGCGACCAGCACAGGGGGUGGUGAUAAUACAGGGCACUGCUACUGUGGGAGGAGGUCCUGGGGCAGACAGAGACCCUGCAGGCCAGUUUGUAAAGGUCUUAAUUCUUGAAUUCAGUCUUCUAUGUGCUUUUCAUGGCCGAGUAUCAAAGAGGCAGGCUGUCACCCUGCUAAGAGACCACAAACUGAACACAGUCACAUUCCUGAACUGCCCCUGCACCUUCUCCCAGGGACCCCAGGAGGGUUAGAAGCAGGAGAAGUGGCAGCUCAGCCCUGUCAAGGGAACAAAAAGCGCUUUGUACCUGCUGACCAACCUCGGCUCCGCUCCGCCAACUGCUGCCACUACUCCCAGAAGUGAGCGAACAGGAGGCCAGGACUUUCUGAGGGGAUGCAAGGGGCCUGGGGCAGGGAAUGAGACCAUUUGCAUUUGGGGGGACUGAGGGGCAGGAAAGCUGUCACAAAGCCCUGAUUGUAAGUGAAGCCCUUUUGUUGUUUCUUGCCUGUGCGCUGAGGCACGUGCUGUUGGCCACUCAGCUGGUGGUGAGCUGGGCACCUGGCCCAGAAGACAGCGAUUCUCAAAAGGUAACAGCCAUUCUGCAGAGCUGAAGAGAAUUGGGAAGUGGAGCUGAGCCCUCUGUUGCAAAAGCCGUUUCCCCUUCCCAGCUCACAAGAGCUUUCUUCCCAAACCGUGCAUCUGAGAUUUUUCUCCUACAUGCUGCAAGAAACAGUUGUGUCAUGGUUAUGUCCAGUGCAAGUGUGUUUCUUUCUCCUUUGGCCCGGACUUCACUCGCUUGAUGUGUUGCAAUGGUCUUAAAUAGCAUGGGAAUGCGCAGUCUGGAGGAUGGUACCUCCUUUACCAUGUCAGGUGAGCAGUAUUGUCCAGGAAGCUGUCGGUCUCUGUCUCAUCUCUGCUGCAGUAGCCGCUAGCAGAUGCAGGGAGACGAGUAUAAAGAAUAGUGUGAACACAGAGUUUCUCUGGGUGCUCUUCCAGUUUUCUGUGAUAUAUGGCCAAGGAGUAUCCUGCUGUCUCUGUAUUUGUCACAUUGGUAACACGUAAGGCUUGGUUGGUGAGAGGAUUCCGCAUUAUCGUGGUACUUAAAGUACACUUUCUAUCUUUUCUAGCAGGCUCAUCUCGCAUCAGAGCAUGACAGAGCAGUCAGGUGCCAGCGCUUUGCCAUUGCCUUAUUCUGGAGCAUAGACGAAGCACGUUCCCAUGUAAUGUUCACACCUGGACUUUUGACCUGAUAAGUUAGUUUAAACCUUACAGACCUUAGAUUUUCAGGGGAAGGAGUGUCUUACUAUGUAUUUAAUAUGCGGCCCUUCAUUUUUAUGGGAAUUCUGUUCUCUCACUCCAUGAGUCAUUUCAUUUAGAGAAGGCUUUUUUCCCCCUGUAGAUGGAACUAGUCGAAGGUAGUGUAGUUCCUCACCUUGCUGCCAGUGCAAGUUCCAGGCUAGCACUUUGUGGGGCAGUCUGUUUCUCUGUAAUUAGGAAUGAGAUGUCCUCAUCUUGCAUUAAUCCUGCAGAGCUUCCUAACCAAAACUCCCAGAGAAGCUACAGCUGACUGGAUUUGUAUAUUUUUAAGGUCCUUCUCAUCAGUAUAUUUUACCCUCUCUAAUCUUUCCACGAGAUGUUCCAGGCUGCCUGUGUUGUGCAGUUGGGAUGGGUUGACAUAUUUAAGGUAAACUGGUGGAAGCAGAUUUGUUGGAGGUAAAAAUCAUGAAGGAGGAGAAUUGGUUUGGAGGCUAGUGGAUAUGAAAUAUUUACACAGCUAUGAGAUAAUCUGAAGGGGAAACAGCAUGUGCUUUCUGUCUAUGUGUACUUAUGCAUUUGUGCGCACACAGGGCUCAUGUCUUUUUGUCAGAUUCCCAGGGUUUUUUUCUGCUGCUGCUGGCAAAGAACCGCUAAUGGUUUAAUAGCUUAUCAGCACCUGUGCACAGAAACAAAGUUCGGUACUUCCUGAUUUUGUGUCGUCUUUGCUUUAAAUAGGAAUUCCCAUUCUGAUUAAUAUGAGACCUGGAAACUGAGCUGUCAGACCAGCCAGCUUUUUGAGAUCAGUGCGGAAUUCCUGACUGUAAGCAGCUUGAAGGCAGUCCAGGCACAGCUUUCCUGCUGUACAGCCCCAGGGCUCUGCUCACCUCCUGAAGGAAACUCAUGAGAGUGUGUGGCCUGGGUCAGAUCAUUGCUGAAGCGCCUUGCUGCGAAGUGGCUAGGUUGUGCUGCUCUCGAUGUAUUUCUCUCCAUUGGCCAGGUUUGGCAUGCUUCUUUGGUGAUAACAGACCAAAUUCUACCCAUUUAUAUUCAGCACUUUGCUUCUCUUCCAGCAUUGAGGGGUUUGGGGAUGUUCUUUACAGCUCCAGGUCUUGGAAUCAAGUUACUAUGAAAGUAAGUCAAUAUUCAGAAACGUGGAAGUCUUUUGGUGGUUCUUUUUUGUUCAUGAGUUUGUAUAGAAGGGCUUGAAAACAACACUGUGGUCUUGAGAUCCAGGAAGCAUUUGACUAAGCAGCAGUUUAAAUUAUUUAGUCUUAGGAAGUCUUGGGAUGUCUGGAAGGACCAACAUAGAACUUUGAACAUCCAGUUCUGACGGUGCAGUGGUCGUGGUCCCCCUGCAGAGCAGUGUCCACCAAUGAACUGUUUGUACUCAAAUCAGGGACAGAAUUUAGACUUUCCUAAGAUGCCUAAUUUUUUUGCUGUUGGCAUAGUACUUGUUGGCAGAUCUGGCAUUAUUCAGUAGAAAAUAUCCUUCCCCUUUAAGAACAUUAUUUUUUUUG